UAAGGGCGCUCCUAACUCAGGAACGGUAUGAAUCCGAUUUUGGUCAAAAUCUCAUGAUCAAACAACUAUAGCUAGGCGAUCUGAUAUCUAAGCUGUACACAGUGGCACUACCACCUCAGCAACGAUAGCCGACAGCAGUUUUCGGAUUGAUAGUAAAAAAAAAAAAGGAAAAUGGAAAAUUUAAGUUGAAGCUUAGGCAGCUUCAUUUUCUAUGUAUUGUUUCCUCAAAUUUUCCAAGAACAUUCCAUAAAUCAGACACUGCUUAGGCCUGACCUUUUGGAUUCUAUGUUGCAGAGAUCAUGUAUGUUGUUUUGAACUUUGCUCUGUACUGACCAGUUACGGGAAAAAAAAAUCUGAAUCACGGACAAACCGUUGACUAAUGUUUCGAAAAUAUAGAUUUUCCUCAACAUAAACAAAUCACUAAUCAUCUGUGGACAUUGAUGUGUAUAUACAUUUGGCAUUACACCUUAAAUUAUAGAGUAGAAUACAUUGUACAUGGCUGCGUAUUGACAUUUUGGUUUGUGCCAUCUGUGUUGUGUCCUGUUGAUAUUGCAGGGUGAAGCUAACCUCGGGGCACUAUAGGGUCAUGUGGUAGGAUCAAUCACAAACCAGAGUCCCAGUUUGCAACUGCGUUGAAAUAGUGUCCGCUACUCUGGACAGAGGAGUUGCGUCUGUCUUUAAUGGACCACAGUCGAGAGCCGUUGUCCUUGAAACUAAAGUGUUCUUUUAUAAUGUAGCCCCCAACUGAAAGAACCGCAUCCUGGAGAGCAAGUAAGUACAUUAUUGUUUCUCUAUUAAAAUUUUGAUACAUUGUGAGUAUUACUCAUGGUUUUGUUUUUGUCCCCUAGAGGUUACUCAUAAUAUGACUAAAGAUGGGCGACUGGAACUUAUUAGGGAGUAUUUUGGAAGAGGUCCACAUCCAUUCGACCAUUGUGGGAAAGAUCUGGCUCACCAUUCUCUUCAUUUUCCGAAUGCUUGUGCUCGGCGUCGCAGCUGAGGACGUCUGGGAUGACGAGCAGAGUCAGUUCGUAUGCAAUACAGAGCAGCCGGGCUGCAAAAAUGUCUGUUACGAUCAGGCAUUCCCAAUCUCUCUUAUCCGUUACUGGGUACUUCAGAUCAUCUUUGUGUCCUCCCCGUCUCUGGUCUAUAUGGGUCAUGCCUUAUAUCGUUUGAGGACUCUCGAGAAAGAGAGGCACAAAAAAAAAGCCGGCUUGAAAGCGGAACUGGACGGGAAGGAGCCCAACCUCGAGGACCAAAAAAGAAUUGAGCGAGAGCUCAGAAAACUAGAUGAACAGAAGAGAGUAAGGAAAGCCCCCCUCAGAGGGUCCUUGCUACGCACAUAUGUUUUCCAUAUCUUGACUAGAUCCAUGGUGGAGGUGGGUUUUAUAAUAGGUCAAUGUGCCCUCUACGGUGUCGGGCUCUCCCCUUUGUACAAAUGCGAGCGGUUGCCUUGCCCCAACAGCGUUGAUUGUUUUGUGUCUCGGCCGACAGAGAAAAACAUUUUCAUGAUCUUCAUGCUAGUUAUUGCUGGAGUAUCUCUGUUCCUCAACAUCCUGGAAAUUUUCCAUCUAGGCGUUAAGAAAAUCAAGCAAAGCUUGUAUGGAUACAAAUACAGCGAGGAUGAAAGUAUGUGCAGAUCGAAGAAGAACUCCAUGGCGCAGCAGUUAUGUGUUGUCACCAACUCUUCGCCGCAGAGGUUGAUACACCUCACACAAUUAACCUCAGGGGUCUCUGAUGUUGUCGGAGAGGUCCCAUCUGUCAGUUUGCCCCAAGUGACCUCCGUCAAUCGGGAGGGGUCUGUUAGCCUACAGCAGCAAAAGAAGCUGUCUUUGCAGCUGCCAAACCAAGAGGACUUCCAGGACAUGCAGAAAAUGGGGGCUGUUGAGAGGCGGUACACGCUAGAGAGCAUGAGACCCUCAAGCGAUGAGUCCUACGAACACCGGAGCUCGUGCCAGCCGCAGAGCAAAGGCCCCCGACCCUCACUGAUGGCCAGCGCAAUGGAAAUCCCAGCAGCCCUGAAGAACGUACAGAGGAAGCAGAGCAGGGUGAGUGUUUGUAAGGAAUUCAGUGACACGAGCGAUUCCUUGGAGAGCAACCCCUACCCCACAGUCAGGAAGUGCAGUUUCAUGUCCAGAGGACUAUCGGAAGGAAAACUGGUGUCUUCGUCUGACAGUUUCGACUGUCGGAGUUCAAACGAAAUGGAGUGCCAGCAUCUCAACCAAGGGGAGAGUCCGAUGGUGACACCCCCGCCUCCAGCCAGUGGCCGAAGAAUGUCAAUGGUGAGAGCAGCAAUUUAGGUCUUCA